AUGUCUAUUAAUUUUAAGCACAUUUCCAAGGCUGGUGGUCGUAUCAUGGAUAGAUUGACCCAUCCACCUCGAGGCAUGACUAAACAUAAUGCCAAAGAGCAAUCGAAGGCAUUACCAGAGUUUUUAAAACCAGAUUUGCCAAUUUUAACUGUUGCAGACAGAUUCAAAGGCCCUCGUGACUGGCAGUUUCUCCCAGGGGAUCGUGUUGUUAUUAUGAAUGGUUCAUGUCGAGGCAAUAUCGUUCAUAUUACCAAACACGAUAUUGCAACCAAUGGAUUUGUUCUGGAUGAAAAUGGGCCAACUAAAUCUGUAGCUGUACCUAAGGAUUUCUGGACUGAAGGUCAAACUACACAUGUUGUUAAUUUGCCUAUUUUAAUGGAGAAGAGGGAUCUAAGAUUAGUGGCCGAUAUUGAGGAUACUGCUAAUCCAGGAAAGAUGAAAACAGUAGCCGUUGAUCACAUAACUUUUAAAGACCAAUACUACGAUGAAAACUAUAAAAAGAUGAUGCCAUACAGAUGUGUGUUUGGUAACCCAGACCUUAUCAUUCCAUGGCCCAAGCCAGAACCUAUAGAAGAUGGUGAUUUGACUACAGAUAGUGAAAUCGCUAGGGAACAAACAUUCUGGGUUGAUAGUAUUGUGAGAGGAUCUAUCCCAGAUGCAGCUUUUACUACCAUUCGUAACCCACAUUCCAAAUAUAGAAGAGGUAAGAUUACCCCAUCUGAUCUAAAGAAACUUGUAGCACCAAAGAUGCCAUUAACAGAGACAAAGAAGGCCUACUUAGAAGAACAAAAGAUGCUACAUGAGAGACCAAAGGAAAUACUGACGGAAGAAGAUAAGAUUAAAAUUGGUAACAGAGUAAUGCAAUUUCUCCAAGAAAAAGAAACCCAGAGUACUGUAAGACAGUGA